UAAUAUCCUGCGAAACCCACCGUCCAAAUUGCAGAAGGAAUUUAGUGAGGAGAUCGAAGAUGUCGAUACCGGAAGAUCUAAUCCCCGAAAUACUUUCCCACCUAUUCCGACUACCCGUCAAGUCUCUGGUACGUUUACAGUGCGUUUCCAAUUCAUGGUUUGCCCUGAUCAACGAGCCACGUUUCAUCAAGAUGCAUCUCGAGUCCAACAGCGAACGCACUCUCCUUGUUCAGACAUGGAACUGUAAAGCUGAUCGGCCGCUAAACUACUACUUGGUCGACCUUUCUGACGAGAGUCGGCCCGUGAAGAUCUUCCCGCCAUUCUACAAUCCAGACAGAUUCUCCGAGAUCGUAGGCUGUUGCGAUGGCUUGGUUUGCACCCGCACGUAUGAUGAUGAAACUGUGAUUUGGAACCCAUCAGUCAGAAAGUACAAGAAAUUACCCUCUCUACCAACCGUACGCGCUCCUGGUCUCCCGCCCAAUUUUGAAUACGGAUUCAAUUUUGCAUUCGGGUAUGACCCGGUCAAAGACGAUUACAAGGUUUUGAGGAUUGUGGAAUACUUUGAAAGCAGUGAUGAAGAGUUUGCAGGGGCCUUUGAAGUUAAGGUAUACAGUCUGAAAGCGCAUUGUUGGACAAGUGCACAGGACAAAUGGCCUUACAGUGAGUCGCGUAUUUCUUCCGCGGGGCCGGUUUUUGUGAACGGUGCUUUGCAUUGGUUGGUUAAGACUGCGACUCGAGGGAUCACCCUUCUCGCAUUCCACCUCGCCACCGAGAAAUUCCAAGAGCAUAGGCUUCCGGUUGAACCGCAGUCGGUUAAAACUUUGGAGGUUUUGGGAGGAUCGCUGUGUGUUUCCGCGUAUGGACCGGACGCGGACGCACAAUCCAUUGAGUUUUGGAUGAUGAAGGAGAGAAGUUGUUGGAGUCGGCUUUGUACUGUGCCGACUUUCCACUACGAGAAGCCUCUCAAGGCGUGGCGAGUAGUGUUCUCAACGACGGACGGCCAAAAGGUUGUGAUGGAGAUGGAUUACGGGUGUAAGAAUCUCUUUUGGUAUGAUAUUAAAAACAACACACGCAAUAUUUUCCUCACGCAUAUUCGCAACAAGCGUUGGAUUGGGACUUGUGUGGGAAGCCUCCUUCUCCUCCAUGGUGAUAGUGUGAUUUGAAUUCAAUG